GGUAUGGGUGUGUGAAAAGCAACGAGAGCUCACCGGUCAAGUGUGAGAGUGUUAGUAAAGUAUUAGAGAAAGAGAAUAAAAAGACAUAAAAAUCAACGAUUGUCGCUAUUUGUUCAUUAUUUGGCGUUUUUCCUUUCAAGUUUUGAAGCAACAACAAAUACCACACAUCAAUAUGUCGCUGCAAUCGGACGCCGUUUUCCAGAAAAUUAUCGAGGGCUUGAAGGAUAACCAAGCGAAGGCCAAGGCCAUUAACGGUGUAUUCCUCUACAAAAUCACCAAGGACGGCAAGGUGGCCAAGGAAUGGACUCUGGACUGCAAGAGCGCCAAGGCAUAUGAGGGACCCGCCCAGGGUGUUAAGGUGGACACCACACUGACCGUUGCCGAUGAGGAUAUGGUUGAUAUUGCCUUGGGCAAACUGAAUCCUCAGGCUGCGUUCAUGAAGGGCAAAUUGAAGAUUGCCGGCAACAUCAUGCUGACCCAGAAGCUGGCGCCUCUGCUCAAGACCGACGCCAAGUUGUAAACUGACCUGGAAUUGGACUCUAUUGUUUAGGGCAUCUUCAUGGCUUUCCACAUAUUUUUGUUUGUACUUUACUUUGUUUUAUAAUUACGCCACUAGCACAAUGUGAA